AUGGCUUAUGUAGCAUUGGAUACCGCAUGGGAAAUUUAUCUUACAUACAGACAGAUUCGAGUAUAUAAAACUACUCCCAAACCACCAGAUGCAAUCAAAAAUGUUUUCAAAUCGGAUACUUUUGAAAAGUCGCGUUUAUAUUCAAUAGAUCGAGCAAAGUUCUCAAUUUUUGAAAUGCUGUUUGGAACAUGUUUGGAGAUAGCUUCGUUGCUUAGGCAUGGAUUAUAUUCCUCUUGGAAAACAGCUACCAAAAUAGCGGUUUCCAUUGGUUUCAAAACUGAUAACUUGUUUCCCAUAACGAUUUCUUUUAUUGUUAUCGAUAGCAUAGUUUCGACAAUAAUCAAUCUCCCUCUUGCUAUAUACUAUAUAUUCGUCAUAGAAGAAAAACACGGUUUCAAUAAUCAAACAUUUGGAUUUUUCGUAAAAGACGGAUUAAAAAUAAUUUUAUUACAACUGAUAAUUUUUGUGCCUAUACUGACUACGAUCAUGUACAUUCUUCAUUACGGCGGAGAACAUGCACAUAUUUGGCUUUGGGGAUUUACAUUUGUAAUAAUGAUUUUGAUGGCGUUCAUCUUUCCAAAAUUCAUCGAUCCCGAAUUUAAUAAAUUCACGCCACUGCCGGAUGGACCAUUGCGAACAUCUAUAGAGCAGCUAGCUUCAUCUGUAAAUUUUCCACUAUCGCAAGUUUUGAUUGUUGACGGCUCGACUCGUUCUGGUCAUGAAAACGCAUAUUUUACAGGAACUUUUGGAGCUAAGCGUAUAAUACUAUACGAUACAUUGCUUAACGAAGUCGAUGGACGUCUUCCUUAUGAAAAUGAUGAAAUACUAGCAAUAUUAUGCCACGAGCUCGGUCAUUGGAAACAUAGUCAUAUAUAUAGUAUGAUGGUGCUGUCACAGUUAGCAGGACUAUUAACAUUUGUGAUAUUUAAUUCCAUGAUCGAUUAUAGUCCAUUAUAUCAAGCAUUUGGUUUUCCUGAAGGUCUCGAACCUCCGAUCAUAGGUUCCAUUAUUAUACAACAAUAUGUGAUGGCUCCGUAUCAACGUGUCAUAGAUUUCUUUUUCACCUGGUACACUCGUUACAACGAAUUCGAAGCAGACGCGUUUGCAGUGAAGAUGAAAUUAGGCAACCAGCUAAAGCUGGCUCUUUUGAAAAUCAGCCAGAAUAAUUUAACGUUUCCAGUUGACGAUUGGCUAUUCACGAUGUUCAACAACGACCACCCCACGCUACUUGAACGGAUUGAGUACAUUGAUAAAAUUAAAAGUGAUUAA